UAAGUCCUUACAACUACUAUUGGAGUACUGAGACAUGGCUCCCAUUUCUUCCUUCAUCAUAUUCUUCUUCUUCUUCUUCUUUCCUCUCCUCACUCUCUCCCUUCCUGCAGCUUCUCCUCUCAUCCAGAAGACUUGUAACACCACAACAUACUACAAUCUUUGCGUCACCACCCUCCAAUCUGAUUCACGUAGCCUAAAAGCCGAUGAUGAGAAGGCCUUGUUGACCAUUAUUAUUAACACUGCUAUCUCGGACGCCAUGAACAUGUCUUCAUAUGUCUCUAGCCUUACCCAGAAGAAGACUGAAGCAACACUGGGGUCAGUCCUACGGGCUUGCGCUGGGAUGUAUGGAAACGCCGGCGAAGCGCUUCGGUCGGCGGUGGAUGCACUGGGCGAUGAGAACUACGACUACGCAUACGUGCAUGUGAGUGCAGCCAGGGACUACCCGAGUACAUGCAGUAGAUUGUUCCGGAUGUAUCCGAGACUGAAAUAUCCAACCAAGAUGGCUCGAAGGGAGGAGGGCUUGGAGCAAUUCUGUACCAUUGCAUUGGAUAUUGUCUCUCUGCUUGGGUAAUUAUAUGAUGUGUUGGAGAACUUCAUCUAGUUUCCUUCCUUUCUUCCCCUCAAGCAGCUCUCUCUCUCUCUCUCUCUCUC